GCAGCAGCAGUGCUUAUGGCUCACUAUAAAGGUGCUGGUGGCAGAAAUGUCCUGUUAUUGAAUGUGCUUCCUGAAUUCUUUCAGUGCCAGCAGGAUGAGCAAGAGUCAGUGCAGAAAAGGACUUUCACAAAAUGGAUCAAUACUCAUCUGGCUAAGCGCAAUCCUCCCAUGCUGGUGAAUGACCUGUUUGAAGAUAUCAAAGAUGGGGUAAUGCUAAUUGCCCUUUUGGAAGUUCUUUCAGGGCAGAAGCUGCCUUGUGAGCAGGGACGUCAUCUGAAGAGAAUUCACUGGGUUGCCAACAUUGGCACAGCUCUUAAGUUUCUAGAAGGUAGACGGUCCGUAUACAGAGGAUCUCCGAUUAAGCUUGUCAACAUCAACUCAACUGAUAUUGCUGAUGGCAGGCCUUCUAUUGUGCUUGGCUUGGUGUGGACCAUAAUUUUAUAUUUUCAGAUUGAAGAGCUUACAAGCAACCUCCCACAGCUGCAGCCCUUGUCUAGCAGUGCUUCUUCUGUGGAAAGUGUUGUCAGUUCAGAAACUGCAAGUCCCCCAAGCAAACGGAAGGUGGUAACCAAGGUCCAAGGAAGUGCCAGGAAGGCUUUGUUAAAAUGGUUACAGUACACCGCAGCAAAGCAAGUUGGAAUUGAAAUCAAAGACUUUGGACAAAGUUGGAGGAGUGGUGUUGCAUUUCAUUCUCUUAUUCAUGCUAUCCGCCCAGAAUUAGUGGACAUGGAGAAAGUGAGAGGAAGGUCAAAUAGAGAAAACCUGGAAGAAGCCUUCACAAUUGCAGAAGCAGAACUAGGAAUCCCAAGGCUUCUUGACCCAGAAGAUGUGGAUGUUGAAAAGCCAGAUGAGAAGUCUGUCAUGACCUAUGUAGCCCAGUUUUUGAAGUACUAUCCUGAUCCUCAUCAUACAGUGGCUGAUGUGCCAGAGAACGAGAAGGAAGACAGACUGGUGCUAAGAGACCUAAAAGUGUGGGCAGAACAAUUUGAAAGAGACAUAGCCCGAGCACAGGUGGCAGAAACAAGCUUACAGGAGAAAUACCAGUCAUUUAAGCAUUUCAGAGUACAAUAUGAGGUAAAAAGGAAACAAUUUGAACUUGCAACCCAGUCAUUACGGAAAGAUGGUAAAUUAUCACUUGAUCAAGCUGUGGUGAAGCAAGCAUGGGAGAGAGUUACUUCCAGGAUGCUUGAUUGGCACAUACACCUUGAUAAAUCCCUUCCUGCACCUCUGGGUACCAUAGGUGCUUGGCUCUACAGGGCAGAGGCUGCUCUGAGGGAAGAAGUAACUGUUCAGCAAGCUCAUGAGGAAACAGCAAACACAAUACACAGGAAGCUUGAACAACAUAAGGAUCUGCUGAAAAACAUAGAUGGUCACAAAAAGGCGUUCCAUGAGAUCCACAGGACCAGGUCUGUUAAUGGCGUGCCUGUUCCACAUGACCAGUUAGAGGAUAUGGCAGACAGGUUUAAUUUUGUUGUCUCUACAUCUGAGCUCCAUCUGUUGAAGAUGGAGUUUCUGGAACUGAAGUACCGUCUACUGUCACUCUUAGUCUUUGCAGAAUCAAAGUUAAAAUCAUGGAUUAUCAAAUACGGAAGGCGAGAGUCCGUGGAACUGCUUCUUCAAAAUUAUAUUUCUGUUAUUGAAAAUAGUAAGUUCUUUGAGCAGUAUGAAGUUACCUACCAGAUCUUGAAAAGAGCAGCUGAAAUGUAUGCCAAAGCAAAUGGCUCAGUGGAAGAAGUUGAGAAUGUGAUGAAAUUCAUGAGUGAUACCACAGCUCAGUGGAGGAACCUCUCAGUAGAGGUGAGAAGUGUAAGAAGCAUGCUGGAAGAAGUAAUUGCUAAUUGGGACAGAUACAGCAGCACUGUGGCAAGUCUGCAAGCUUGGCUUGAAGAUGCUGAGAAAAUGCUGAAUCAGCCUGAACAUUCCAAAAAGGAUUUCUUCCGGCACUUACCUCAUUGGAUCCAACAGCACACAGCCAUGAAUGAUGCUGGUAAUUUUCUAAUUGAAACCUGUGAUGAGACCAUUUCCAGAGAUCUUAAACAGCAGCUUCUUUUGCUAAAUGGAAGAUGGAGGGAAUUGUUUAUGCAAGUUAAGCAGUAUGCUCGAGCUGAUGAACUGGACAAAAUGAGGAAGGAGUAUGUGGAUGGUGUGGCCCAUUUGACAUCUUUUAUUGAUGGAAGCAAUAAGAAACUUUCAACCCCUGUAGAAGUGUCCUUUCACGAUGUCAAAAUAUUUGUGCAAGAUUUAGAAAAUAUUAAACACAAAUUGCCUGCAAUGGAAGCUCAGUGCAAAGCGGUUACAAGAACGGGACAACUUGUUACAAAAGAAGUUUCCCAAGAGGAAGCGAAUGAAAUGCUGGGAACUCUGACACGGCUCAAAGAGCAGCUGGGCAAGGUUAAGGAGUAUUCCAGUGCCCUGCUAUGUGAAUGCCAACGUCUGCUGUCUCCACUGGAAGAACUUGAGAAACAAAUCACACAUUUUUAUGAAUCUCUUGAAAAAGUAAAUGAAAUCAUUUCUAUCCUUGAUCCUGAAACACAACCGACAACUGUUCUUAAACAAAAAGCCCAAGAUUUGGUAGCUUAUCAAGAAAACUGCAAGAAAGAUGUGUCCCUAAUUGAAAGAAACAGUCAGAGUAUCCUUCAGUGUGUGGCUUCCACUGAGGUCUUACAGCAUUUCCAUCAGUCAACUUUUCAGAAGAAAGUUACACAAGUUCAGAUCACUUUUCAGAAUAUGGUCAGGAAAGCUGGUGAGUGGAGAAAAAACAUAGAAGCAAAUAGCCGUUUGAUGAAGAAAUUUGAGGAGUCUAGAGCAGAACUGGAGAAAGUAAUACAGAUUGCCAAUUGUUGCUUAAAAGAAAAAGGAAAUCCUGAAGAACUUCUCAGGAAACAUAGCGAAUUUUUUAACCAGUUGGAUCAGAGAGUUCUAAAUGCCUUUCUGAAAGCAUGCGAUGAACUUACUGAUAUCCUCCCAGAACAAGAACAACACAGCCUGCAGGAAGCUGUGAGGAAACUCCAUAGGCAGUGGAAGGAUCUUCAAGCAGAAGCCCCAUAUCAUUUGAUCCACUUGAAAAUUGAAGUACAGAAAAGCAAGUUCCUGGUGACAGUGGAGGAGUGCAAAGCUGAACUAGCUCGACAGAACAAGGUGUUAACAAGAGAAGGCAAUGAAAGAAUGAUCAAGGAACACAUGUUGUUCUUUGGUGAUAAGGGAUCUUACCACCUAUGUGAGAAAAGGCUACAACGAAUGGAAGAACUGUGCCAAAAGCUGCCAGUUUCUGAUCCAGUGAGGGGUACAUUGGAAAGCAGCCAGCGAAUCCUGAAGGAUCUGAAAUCCCAGAUAGACAGCACAUACAUGAAGCUAACAGAGCACUCAGACACCUGGAAGGGCUAUAAGAGCAGAUUUUCUGAAUUGGAAAAUUGGAUUUCAUCAACAGAAAGAGAGCUAAAGAAGAUAAAGGAAAAUGCUAACGAUACAGCCAAAUACAAGCAGUGUAAAGCAUCUGUGGGGGAAAUUAGGAAGCACAUUCACAAGCAUGGAGAAAAUCACAGCUGGCUGAAAUCUAGACUUGCUGUUUUGACUGCACUGUGUCCUGAUUUGGAGGCCAAAGAGACAGAGGAUGAGCUUUGUAAACUUUCCAGUGACUUCAAGAGACUUCUGGAUUUGCUGGCUGAGAUUGAAAAUACCUUAGGUGCUGUUGGAGACUGUGUCCAGUACAAAGAAGAAGUUAAAAGUGCAAUUGAAGAGUUAAUCAGCAACUCUAAAGAAGUCCAAGCAGAGGCUGAAAAGAUCCUGGAUACAGAAAGUUUAUUACAAGCUCAGCAAUUACUGCUUCAUCAUCAGCAAAGGACAAGGCGACUCCGUGCAAAAAGGCAAGAUGUGCAAAAGCAGAUUUCCCAAGCCAAGCGGUUGCAGAUUGAAGGUGGACUGCCCAGCACAGUACGAGAGGAUUUGCAAAAGUUAGAGGGAACCUUGGAGAACAUGCAGCAGACUAUGGAGAAACGGGAGGAGCAACUGCAGGUCACAAUAAAUAAAUGGGAGCAGUUUGAAAGAGACAAAGAAACAGUAGUAAAAUAUCUCAAUCAAGCAAGCUCUGUACUUGAACGUAUCUUAAACUUUAGCAGUUUAGAGAGCCUCUCCUCAGAACUGGAUCAGACAAAGGAACUUUCUAAACAAACAGAAGCAAUGGCAGUACAGGCUGAGAAUUUGGUGAAGAAUUCCUCUGAGAUACAGCUUGGUUCAAAGAACAAGCAGUCCCUUCAGCAUCAGGCAAAAUCAAUCCAAGAACAAGUGAAAAAAGUGGAAGUUACUCUUGAAGAAGAUAUUAAAAGCAUGGAAAUGGUGAAAAACAAGUGGGAUCAUUUUGGCAAUAAUUUUGAAGCUCUGUCCAUCUGGAUAGCUGAACAAGAAAAAGAACUGGAAACUCUGGAAACAUCUUCAUCUCCUUUGGACAUACAGAUCAGCCAAAUCAAGGUUAUUAAUAAAGAGAUAGAAGGUAAAAUAAAUGGAAUCUCAAAUCUAGAAGAAGAAGCCAAGUCUUUUUCCCAGUUUGUUACCUCUGGAGAACGUGCACAUAUAAAAGCCAAACUGACUCAGGUCAAAAGGUAUUGGGAAGAACUAAGAGAUCAUGCACAGAGACUGGAAGGAACAAUCACAGGGAAUGCAUCAGCACAGCAGAAAUAUGAAGAAAGUCUUAAACAGGUGCAGCAGUCAGUGUCUGAAUUUGAAGCCAAGCUUGCUGAGCCUCUCACAUCGUGCUCUUCGGCAGCAGCAACAUACGCAGCCCUUCAGGACUGCACGGACCUUUGUCAUACUGUGGAAAAACUGAGCAACCCUCUGGCCUCUCUCUCAGCCGGUGUCCGAAAGGUGUCCAACAAAGAAAAAGCUGCUCAAGAGGUCACAGCAUUACAGCAGAAAUAUGAAAAAGUGCUGGAAAGUGCUAAGGAGAAGCAGAGGUUAUUAGAGAAUCUUCUUUCUCAGUGGCAGAAGCAGGAGAAGGAGCUGUCUGCCUUCCUGGCCUGGUUGGAAGGGUGUGAAGCUACAGGCAGGCCCUCAGAGCAGUAUGUUUCUGCUGACAGAAUUAAGCUGGAAGGUGAACUGCAGGCACUGCAGGAUUUGCGAGCAGAUAUUGAGUCCCAUACUUCAGUCUAUGAGAGCCUUUUACAGUUAAAUGAGUCGUUAUUUCCAACAGCUUCAGAGCAUUGUGUGAAAACAAUAAAAGAAAAAUUUGAAGAGCUGGAUGAAAGAUGGAAAGCUUUACCACAAAUUGUUGAUAAAAGGAUCAACUUCCUUCAAUCACUUGUUGCUGAGCAUGGGCAGUUUGAUGAGCUUCUGCUCAGGUUUUCAGACUGGAUUAAGCAAUUUCUUGCUGAACUACAAGCCACUUCAGAGAUAAACACAGCUGAUCAACAACUAGCUGCAUCUCACAAUAAGAACCACUCAAUGGAAGUUGAAAGUAAGAAACAGGAGUUACAAUGCCUGAAGGAGCAUGUAGAGAAAUUGGGUUCUUUCAGCAGCCCAGAGGACCAGCAGACAUUGCAGGGAAAGACUGAAGAUUGCUUUCAGAUCUUUCAGGAGGCAUGUCAAAUAACUAGCCAAAGACAGGAUGCCCUGGAUCAGUUGCAAGUAUUCCUGGAGCUCCACAGUGCUGCAUCAGGAGUGCUCCACCAGCUGAGGCAGACAGUGGAGAAAACAGGAAAUAUGAAUAAAGCUAAGUCUGAAUUACUGGAGAAGGAACUCAGUGGUGUCAUUAAUGAUCUCAACAAGUUGGAAUCUGAUGCUGUCAGUUUGGAUGGUUCCCUUACUAAGGCUCAGUAUCAUCUGAAGCACAGCAUUUCUGGGCACAGGACCUCCUGCAGGGCUAUGGUGGAUAACCUGGGUGUGGAACUGGAGGCAGUUCAAAAUCUGCUGGGAACCAAACAAAGUGAGGCAGAAGCUCUUGGAGCCUUGCAAAGGUCUUUCAUGGAGCGUAAAGAGCAGUUACUGAAGAGCAUUGAGGAUACUGAGGAAAAGGCUGACAAGGAGGGCCUGAAGGAGACAACGCUACAAGCCCUCCAGCAAAGAUUGAGGAUCUUUAACCAGAUAGAUGAAGAAUUGAAUUCUCACCAGCAUGAACUCCAGUGGCUCAUGGACAAAGCAAAACAAAUAGCUCAAAAAGAUAUCACACUUGCUCCUGAGAUUGACAAAGAGAUAAAUCGCUUAGAAUCUCUGUGGAAGGACACCAAGAAAGCUAUACGUGAAAAAAAGGAGCAGUCCUGUGUUCUGAUCGAUCUGAUGAAGGAAUAUCAGAGCUUGAAGUCAACAGUAAUGAAAGUCAUAGACAGUGCUAACAGUGCUUCUGUGACCAAAUCCAUAUGGAAGGAUCAUGAAGAUGUCAGGCGGACAUUAUCAAAGCAUGAAGCUGCCAAGAAUGAUCUGAGUGAUAAACAAAAAGACCUGGAUACUUUCACUAAUAAAGGAAAACAUUUGUUAGCGGAACUGAAAAGAGUGCAGAACUGUGACUCCACUGCGCUGAAAACAGAUAUUAAUUCCAUGGUGGACAAAUGGCUAGAUGUGUCUGAAAGAAUUGAUGAUAACAUCGACCGACUGAGUGUAAGCAUGUCUCUGUGGGAUGACAUCCUGAAAACUGGAGAUGAACUGGAUGGAUGGUGUAAUAAGUGCAUUUCUCAACUGAAUGAAGGCAUCCAGAACUUCAGUAACAGUCAAAGAAUGGAGGUCCUCCUGAAAGAUUUCCAGUCUGAAGUCAAGAAUAAAGAACUAAAGUUGGAGCAACUUAGUUCCAAAAUUUCAGAACUCAAAGAACUGACCCAUAGUCAAGAGCCACCUGCAGAUCUUCAGUUUAUAGAAUCAGAUUUGAGGCAGAAGCUGGAACAUGCCAAAGAAAUAUCAGAGACAGCGAAAGAGACGCUGAAAGAUUUCAGUACCCAGAAGAUGCAGUUACAGAAGCUGAUUGGCCAGAUGACAGACUGGCUAUCUCAAGUGGAGGAGACGCUGUUAAGCUGUGCUCGUAACCUGGAUCCUGAAGCACUAAAUAAACUAAAGGAAACGCAAAAGGACCUUCAGCUUCAGCAAAGUAGCAUUGACUCAACCCGUGAGACCCUCAAUAGCCUCUGUCGCAAAUACCACUCGGUAGAGCUGGAAGCUCUUGGUGGCACUGUCACUUUGUUAAUAAAGAAGUAUGAAGCUGUGAAUCUGCUGUGUUCCAGAACACAGGCCAGGAUGCAAGAGUCCUUGGAAAAACAUUUCCUCUACUCUAUGCAAGAAUUCCAGGAAUGGUUUUCUGGUGUGAAGGCUGCAGUAAAAGAAUCAUCUGACAGGUCUGGGGACAGCAAAGCAAUAGAGGCAAAGCUACAUGACUUGCAGGGUGUGCUGGAUUCUAUUAGUGAAGGACAGAACAAAUUAGAUGCAGCCUGCAAGGAAGGAGAAAGUUUAUAUGGUUGUUUACCCAAACCAGUUGUGAGCCAUAUUCAGGAGCAAAUAGCAAAGUCUAACCAGAACUUCCAAGAAUUCCUCAAACAGUGUCUGAAUGACAAGAAAGCCCUGGAAGACUGUGCAUCACACCUGGGAAGCUUUGAAGAUCAGUACAAGAAGCUUUCCCUGUGGAUGCAUGACAUGGAAGAAAGAAUAAGCACGGAAGCAUUAGGAGAAAACAAACAGCUUGUUUCUGAGAAGAAAAAGGAGGUGCAAAAAGUGGAAAAGUUCCUAGAAGAGUUGCUGAAUUCAAGGGACUCUUUUGAUCAGCUGUCCCAAAUGGCACAGACUUUAAAUGAAGAAGGCCAUGGUGCAGGGAGAGAAGUACGUCUGGCUUCUCAACAUCUCACCAACUAUCAAACCAUGGUCAAAAGUGUCAAGGAGAAGCUGAGGACAUGUCAGCUUGCACUCCAAGAGCAUCUCACUUUUGAGGAGGCAUUGCAGAGUAUGUGGUCAUGGGUGAAAGAGGUUCAAGAUAAACUGAUAUCAUCGCAGAGCACUCUUGGAAGCAAAGCCACCCUGGAAAGACGACUGACACAAAUUCAGGAGAUCCUCUUACUCAAAGGUGACGGUGAGGUUAAGCUGAAUAUGGCCAUUGGCAAAGGAGAACAAGCACUUAAAAGCAGCAAUGAGGAAGGACAAAAAGUGAUACAAACUGAGCUUCAGACGCUGAAGGAUGUAUGGAAUGAUAUCAUCAGUACCUCAGUGAACUGGCAGAGCUGUCUAGAUUCUGUCACUAGCCAGUGGAAUGACUAUCUGGAAAGGAAAAAUCAGCUGGAACAGUGGUUAGAGAAUUUGGAUCACAAAGUGGACCAGCCUUUAGAACCACAGAUUGGUCUGAAGGAGAAGUUUGCCCAGCUGGACCAUUUCCAGGCUAUUGUUUCUGAGAUAGAGGAUCACUCAGGUGAUUUACAGCAACUCAUUGAGAAAGCUGUGGAACUCUAUGAAAAAACAGGGGAUGAUUCCUUUGGAGAUGCAGCUCAAGAAGAACUAAAAACACAGUUUAAUGACAUCACAACUGUAGCCAAGGAGAAAAUGAGGAAAGUGGAAGAUAUCGUAAAAGAUCAUUUGCUUUAUCUGGAUGCUGUGCAUGAAUUCACAGACUGGCUUCAUUCUGCAAAGGAAGAGCUUCACCGCUGGUCAGAUGCAUCUGGAGAUACACCAACUAUACAGAAAAAGCUGGCCAAAAUCAAUGUAAGUGAGCAUGGCGGCCUGCGGGACCUGCUCAGCCAGAUGGCCCUGUCGGAGCGCGAGUUCGCGGCGCAGGCCGGGCGGCUGGAGGAGGCUGUGAGUCGGCUCGGAGGGCAGCUGGCCGCCUGGGCACGGGGGCUGUCCCCCGCCGACAGCCGCAGCACGGACGCCGAGGUGGUGGAGAGCUGGCGCAAGGAGAAAGAAACUUUGGAUGCUCUAAUAAAGUCUGAACAAAUGACAGAUGAGAUCAAAACCCAGUUGAAUGAUCUUUGUAAAUUUUCCAGAGAUUUAAGUACUCAUUCUUCAAAAGUUUCAGGGUUGAUUAAGGAGUAUAACAGCCUCUGCCUGCAAGCUUCAAAGGGAUGUCAGAGCAAAGAGCAGAUCUUGCAGCAAAGGUUUCGGACGGCUUUCAGGGAUUUUCAGCAGUGGCUGGUCAACGCAAGAGUCACCACUGCCAAAUGCUUUGACGUGCCUCAAAACAUCAGUGAUGCUUCAGCAAGUCUGCAGAAAAUACAGGAAUUCCUGUCCGAAAGUGAGAAUGGGCAACAAAAAUUAAACCUGGUGGCAUCCAAAGGAGAGCUGCUGUGCUCUGUUUUACCAAAGGAAAAGGCUAAAGUUAUCCAGGACAAAUCUGCUGCUGCUAAAGAAGAUUGGAAAAAUUUUAUCACCACGCUCCACCAGAAGAAAUCUGCAUUGGAGAACUUAACGAUCCAGAUGAAGGACUUUGAAGCAACUGCUGAGCCUCUGCAGGAGUGGCUGACCACAACUGAGAAGAUAGUACAAGGAAGUAGCAGUCGGCUCUAUGAUCUUCCUUCCAAGAGAAGAGAACAGCAAAAGCUGCAGUCUGUCCUUGAGGAAAUAAGCUGCCACGAGCAUCAGCUCAACAGGCUAAAAGAGAAAGCUCAGCAGCUGUGGGAAGAACAAGCUGUCAGCAAAAGCUUUAUGCGCAGAGUGUCUCAGUUGUCUUCUCAGUAUCUUACUCUAAGCAAUCUGACAAAGGAGAAAGUUUCCAGAAUGGAUAGGAUUGUAGCAGAGCACCAGCAGUUCUUACAGAGUGUCAAGGACCUCCAGGACUGGGUUGCUGAUGCAGUUCACAUGUUGGAUUCUUACUCUCAUCCUACUGUGGACAAGAGUGUUCUGGACAACCGGAUGUUAAAACUAGAGGGCCUGCUAGCAGUGAAACAAGAAAAGGAAGUCCAAAUGAAAAUUGUUCUGACAAGAGGAGAAUCUGUUCUGCAAAAUACUUCUCUGGAGGGAGUACCAGUUAUUGAAGGCCAAUUGCAAAAUCUGAAGGACAGCUGGGCUUCUCUUCUCUCUGCUUGUAUCCAGUGCAAGAGUCAACUGGAAGGAGCUCUCUCCAAAUGGACGAGUUACCAGGAAGACGUUAAUCAGUUUUCCAGAUGGAUGGAAAAAGUAGAAGCAAGUAUUAAUGCUUCUGAAAGGCAGCAUGCUGAACUGAGGGAAAAAACAGCUGCCCUCAGCAAAGCAAAGCUACUGAAUGAAGAGGUGUUGAGUCAUAACAGCCUGUUGGAGACUAUUGAAGUGAAAGGAAAGGGGAUGGCUGAGCAUUACAUUGCUCAGCUUGAGCUGCAAGACCUUCAGGAGAGGUAUAAGUUCCUCAAAGAAAAAACAAAGGAGGCAGUAACAAAAGCUGAAGGACUGCUUACCUUACAUCAAGAAUACCAAAGAAAUCUGAAGGCCUUUGAAGUAUGGCUGGAGAAGGAGCAGGAAAAGCUUGACUGUUUAUCACAUCUUGAUGGUGAUGCCCAGGAACAGGAGGCAACACUCCGAGAUUUACAGGAGCUGCAGGUCCACUGUGCAGAGGGACAAGCAUUAUUGAAUGCUGCUGUCCAUGCCAGAGAGGAGGUGAUUCCCUGGGGUAUUCCCCAGAUAGAAGACAGAACUCUGGAAUCCUUACGGCAGGAUUGGCAAGUUUAUCAGCACAAGCUUUCUGAAGCAAGAAGCCAAUUAAAUGCCACUGUGAGCAAACUGAGGUUAAUGGAGAAAAAAUUUCAGAAGGUUAAUAACUGGUUAACCAACCUGGAGGAGAAAGCUGCUAUCAGGACUGGGAGGAGGUCUGGUAGAGCAACAAAAGAAAUGCAGCUUCAACAAAUGAAGAAGUGGCACGAAGACAUUACAAUCUAUAAAGAUGAUGUAGAGGAAGUUGGGGUAUUGGCUCAGCAAAUACUAGAGGAAAAUCUCACUGCAAGUAGAAUGGGAAGUCAGGCUACACAGCUUACAUCUCGCUACCAAACUCUUCUUCUUCAUGUCUUGGAGCAAGUAAAGUUUCUGGAAGAGGAAAUACGCUGUUUGGAGGAGUCAGAAUUGUCCUUUAGUGCUUACACAAAUUGGUAUGGAGCUACUAACAAGAACUUCAAAAAUGCGAUCACCAAAUUUGACGUGGUUGAUAAAACAGUAAUGGAGAAAAAAGUGCAGAAACUAGAGGUGCUAUUGAGUGAUAUGGACAUAGGCCACAGUUUACUGAAAUCAGCCCGUGAGAAGGGGGAACGAGCUAUAAAAUACAUGGAAGAAAAUGAAGUUGACCAGCUAAGAAAAGAAAUUGGAGAUCAUGUGGAACAGCUUGAGGAGCUGGCUGGUUCUAUCAGAAAAGAGCAUAUGACUUCAGAGAAGUGUCUUCAGCUGGUAAAGGAGUUCUCAGACAAGUAUAAGGCCCAAACUCAGUGGGUCAUGGAGUACCAAGCCAUCUUACAUGCUCCUGUGGAGCCAAAGAGUGAACUCUAUGAGAAGAAGGCACAAUUGUCCAAAUACAAGUCUGUACAACAGACUGUUCUGUCUCAUGAGCCCUCAAUAAAGUCAGUGAUUGAAAAGGGAGAGGCACUUUGUGAUCUGGUGAAUGAUGUGACUCUAAAGAACAACAUUCAAGACCUUCAGAGCAGUUACCAGGAGCUCUGCAGCAAAACAAAGGCAUACGUUGAAACCCUAGAGGUGAGAGUAAAAGAACAUGAGGAUUACAAUAGUGAUUUGCAGGAAGGGGAGAAAUGGUUAUUACAUAUGUCCAGCAGAUUGGCCAGCCCUGACCUCAUGGAAAGCAACAAUCUUGAAAUAAUCACUCAGCAGCUAGCUAACCACAAGGCUAUCAUGGAAGAAAUUGCUGGAUUUGAAGAUCGUUUGAACAACCUCAAGAGUAAAGGUGAUUACCUGAUCAGUCAAUGCUCGGAACAUCUUCAAGCAAAAUUUAAGCAAAAUAUACAAAGCCAUCUUCAGGGCACGAGGGACAGCUAUUCUGCCAUAUGUAGCACAGCCCAAAGAGUGUACCAGACUUUGGAACAUGAGCUCCAGAAGCAUGUUAAUCAUCAGGAUACUCUUCAACAGUGCCAGACUUGGCUGUCUACAGUGCAGUCAGAGCUAAAGCCACCUACUUGGACACCUUUCAGCCUGGCAGAUGCAGUUAAACAGGUUAAACAUUUCCGGGCUCUGCAGGAGCAGGCCAAUACAUACUUGGAUCUUCUGUGCUCCAUGUGUGAUCUGUCAGACGCCACAGUGAAGAGUACAGCAGCAGAUAUUCAACAAACAAAACAAACGAUUGAGCAACAGAUAAUGCACUCACAGUAUUUGUCUCAAGGCUGGGAAGAGAUCAAACAACUGAAGGCUGAGCUCUGGAUCUAUUUCCAGGAUGCAGAUCAGCAACUGCAGAAUUUAAAAAGGAGACGGGCAGAGUUGGAGCUAAAUAUUGCCCAGAAUAUGGUACUCCAGGUUAAGGAAUUCAGUCAGAAGUUGCAGUCUAAGCAGUCAGAUCUCACCUCUGUGACUGAGAAGAUGAACAAACUAACCCAAGGGCAGGAAUCACCUGAACACAAGGAAAUAGGAGAGCUGAGCAACCAGUGGCUGGACCUCUGCCUUCAGGCACAUAGUUUGCUCAUGCAGAGGGAGGAGGAUCUGCAGAGGACAAGGGAUUACCAUGAUCGCAUGAAUGUCGUUGAAGUUUUCCUGGAAAAGCUCACUAAAGAGUGGGACAACCUUGCUAGAUCUGAUGCUGAAAGUACAAAUGUGCACCUUGAAGCUUUGCAAAAACUGGCAGUUGCACUACAGGAAAGGAGAUUUGCUCUGGAAGAUUUGAAAGAUCAGAAGCAGAAGAUGAUAGAACAUUUGAAUCUUGAUGAUAAAGAAUUAGUAAAGGAGCAAUUCAGUCACUUUGAACAGCGCUGGACUCAGCUGGAGGACCUUGUCAAACGGAAAAUUCAAGUUUCUGUUUCAACCUUAGAAGAGCUCAGCUUGGUGCAUUCCAAAUUUCAGGAACUAAUGGAAUGGGCAGAGGAACAGCAACCUAGUGUCUCGGAGGCUCUUAAACAGAGCCCUCCUCCAGAUAUGGCUCAGACUCUUCUCAUGGAUCAUCUUACCAUUUGCAGUGAGCUUGAAGCCAAACAGCUGCUUCUGAAGAUGCUUGUGAAGGAUGCUGACAGGGUGAUGACCAACCUAGGGCUCAAUGAAAGGCAAGAACUGCAGAAAACAGUGUCUGAUGCACAGCACCACGUAGCUUGUCUCAGCGAUCUGGUUGGCCAGAGGAGAAAACACCUGAAUAAAGCACUGUCUGAAAAGACCCAAUUUCUCAUGGCAGUCUUUGAGGCUACAAACCAAAUUCAUCAGCAUGAAAAGAAGGUGAUGUUUCCAGAACACAUUUGUCUUUUGCCAGAAGAUGUGAAUAAACAGGUCAGGACUUGUAAGAAUACCCAGGCUAAUCUGAAGGCCUAUCAAAAUGAGGUCACAGGGUUGUGGGCUCAAGGAAGGGAUUUAAUGAAAGAAGCAACAAAUCAAGAGAAGAGAGAGGUGUUAGGUAAGCUGCAAGAACUACAGAAUGUGUACGAUACUGUUUUACAGAAGUGUAACCAGAGGUUGUUAGAACUGGAGAAAAAUAUUGUUUCCAGGAAAUAUUUCAAAGAAGACUUGGAUAAAGUUUGCCAUUGGCUAAAACAAGCUGAUAUUGUCACAUUCCCAGAAGUCAAUGUAAUGAAUUCUAACACUGAGUUACACAGCCAAUUGGCAAAAUAUCAACAGAUUCUUGAGCAAUCUCCAGAAUAUGAAAAUCUGCUACUUACACUGCAAAGAGAUGGCCAAGAAAUCCUACCAUCGCUUAAUGAAGUGGAUCAUUCUUAUCUAGAUGAAAAACUUAACAGCCUCCCUCAGCAAUUCAAUAUUGUCACUGCUCUGGCAAAAGAAAAACUAUAUAAGGUUCAGGAAGCAAUUUAUGCCAGAAAAGAGUAUGCCUCUUUGAUCGAGUUGACGAGUAAAGCUCUGACUGAGCUAGAAGACCAGUUUAUUAACAUGGACAAAGCUCCAGCUGCUGUCUCAGCCAAAGAAGCUGUGUCACUCCAGCAAGCCUACAGAGAUCUCUUAGGUGAAGCCAUGAGCCUUGCUGCAGCAGUGGAUGAACUGAACCAGAAGAAGGAAGCUUUUCGAAGCACUGGCCAGCCCUGGCAGCCAGAUGAGAUGUUAAAACUUGCCACACUAUAUCACAAGUUGAAGAGGCAAAUAGAACAGAAAAUUAACCUGUUGGAGGACACAAUAGAAGCAUGCCAGGAGCAUGAGAAGAUGUGUAUGCAGUUUGAGGCACAGCUAGAGACAGUGAAAAAGGAGCAGGUUAAGGUGAAUGAAGAAACUCUCCCAAUAGAAGAAAAGUUGAAAAUAUACCACUCUCUGGUGGGCAGCUUGCAAGACUCAGGCAGUCUUCUGAAGCGAAUAACUGAACAUCUAGAAACCCUUUCUCCUCAGGUUGACCCAUCUGCAUAUGAGACAACAAACCACCAAGUUCAGGCUUGGCAAGAGAAGCUGAAGUCUUUGCAUUCUGCCAUUGUUGACACGGUGAUGGAGUGUGAGAGCAGACUUGUGCAGAGCAUUGACUUCAAGACAGAGAUCUGCCGCUCACUUGACUGGUUGAGGUGGGUGAAAACAGAACUUAAUGGAACAUUAAGUUUGGACCUCAAACUGCAAAACAUCCAAGAAGAAAUCCGAAAGGUUCAGAUCCAUCAAGAGGAAGUCCAGUCGAGCCUCAGAAUAAUGAAUGCACUGAGCAAUAAAGAGAAGGAGCGCUAUAUGAAAGCAAAGGAGCUGAUACCUGCUGACCUGGAAAACACUCUUGCUGAGCUGGCAGAACUGGAUGGUGAAGUUCAAGAAGCUAUACAUGUGAGACAGGCUACCUUGAAUAAAGCAUAUGGCCUCUGCCAAAGGUACUACCAAGUGAUGCAGAUAGCAAAUGACUGGCUGGAAGAUGCUCAGGAAUUUCUACAAUUAGCAAGAAGUGGUCUAGAUGUUGAGAACUCUGAGGAUAAUCUAAGGAACCAUGUUGAAUUUUUCAUCACAGAAAGUCAGUUUAAUGAUAAUUUGAAAGUGUUACAAGGCCUUGUGUCUGAGAUAGAGCCCUUUUUACAAGCCACAGCAAGUGAACAGCUGGUGCAGAAUGUAGCUGCAUUGGAGGAAAAGGCUAAAGUGACAGAGCAAGAAGCUAAAACCCAGCAAGAGCAAUUACAAAGGUGUGCUUCUGAGUGGCUGGAGUACCAGACAUCAAGACAGAAGGUUAUUGAAGUGAUGAAUGAUGCUGAGAAAAAAUUAUCUGAAUUCUCAGUAGCUAAAGCUGCUUCUUCUCAUGAAGCAGAAGAGAAAUUGCUAACACAUAAGACGCUUGUGUCCGUAGUGAAUUCUUUCCACGAGAAGAUCACAGCCCUAGAAGAGAAGGCUUUGCAGCUGGAAAAAAUCAGCAAUGAUGCCAGUAAGGCAUCAAUAAGUAGAUCCAUGACAACAGUUUGGCAGCGCUGGACACGGCUCCGAAAUGUUGCCCAGGAACAAGAGAAAAUUUUAGAAGAUGCACUGCAGGAAUGGAAGGGUUUUAAUGAUAAGAUUCAGAAAGCCACCACAGCCAUAGAUCAGCUACAGGGUCGCUUACCAGAAAGCUCAGUGGAAAAGGCAUCCAAGACAGAGCUCCUGGAACUCCUGGAUUACCACGGCAGUUUCCUGCUAGAGGUGGACCACCAGCUAUCAUCUUUGGGCCUGCUCAAACAGCAUGCUGUUAGCAUGCUUCAGGAUGUGGAAGUAAAGACUCCAUCUCAGAAGGAACUACCAGUUAUGCAAGAAAUCAAAGCAAUGCAAGAUCGAUGCCACAAUAUGCAACAGAAAGUUAAAAAGGGCAUGAAGAUGGUGAAACAGGAGCUGAAGGAGCGUGAGGAGGUUGAAGCAGAGAUUAAUAUUGUGAAGUCCUGGAUCCAGGAAACAAAAGAAUAUUUAUUAAGUCCUGAUGCUGAAGUGGAUAUUCAACUUCAGGAGCUGCAGUCGCUCUUCGGUGAAGUCGCUACACAUCGCCAGGCUGUUGAAAAACUGGCUGAACAACAACAGAAUAAAUACUUGGGGCUUUAUACCAUUUUGCCUUCUGAACUCUCUCUUCAUUUAGCAGAAGUUGGACUGGCCCUUGUAACUGUACAGGAUCAGAUUCAAACCAAAGAAAGAGAAACUCAGCAAAUCAAAACACUGAAUCAAGAGUUUGAUCAGAAAAUCCAGGGGAUAGCAAAUGAACUAAAUACCAUUCUUUCCAAACUGAAAAAGAAAACAAAUGAUAUAGCACAAGCUAAACUUGAGCAAAAGAUCCUUGGUGACGAGUUGGACAGCUGCAAUAUAAAGCUGUUGGAAUUAGAUGCAUCAGUCCAGGACUUUGCAGAGCAGAACGUACCCCUGGCUAAGCAGCUAGCUAACAGGAUAGGGAAACUCUCUGCACUGCACCAGCAGACCAUACGGCAGGCUGAGUACAGAGCAGCCAAGCUCAGUCAGGCUGCUUCACACUUGGAAGAAUACAAUGAGAUGCUGGAGUUCAUAUUGAGAUGGAUUGAGAAAGCAAAUAUCCUAGUACAUGGUAGUAUAACAUGGAAUUCUUCCUCUCAGCUUCGUGAUCAGUUUAAAGCCUACCAGAGCAUUCUUGAUGAGUCUGGAGAGAUUCACAGUGAUCUUGAGGCCAUGAGUGAGAGGAUUGAUUACCUGGCAAGUGUGUACUCCACUGAAGGAAUGUCACAGCAAGUGCUGGAACUGGGGAGGCGGACAGAGGAAUUGCAGCAAGUUAUCAAAGUGCAGCUACCAAACCUCCAAGAUGCUGCCAAGGAUAUGAAGAAAUUUGAAAUUGAGCUGAGAGCCCUGCAGGGUGCUUUGGAGCAAGCCCAAGCCACGCUGACGUCUCCGGAGCUUGGGCAUUUGAGCUUGAAAGAGCAGCUUUCUCACAGACAGCAUCUGUUGUCUGAAAUGGAGUCACUGAAGCCAAAAGUUCAGGCAGUCCAGGAGUGCCAGAGUGCCCUGAGGAUUCCUGAGGAGGUGGUGACCAGCCUGCCCAUGUGCCACAGUGCCCUGCGGCUCCAGGAGGAGGCCAGCCGCCUGCAGCACACGGCCAUUCAGCAGUGCAACAUCAUGCAGGAAGCAGUGGUUCAGUAUGAGCAAUAUGAGCAAGAAAUGAAACAUUUGCAGCAGAUGAUAGAGAGUGCCCAUCGUGAGAUCCAAGACAAGCCAAUAGCAACCAGCAACAUCCAGGAGCUCCAGGUCCAGAUUUCACGAAAUGAGGAGCUGGCUCAGAAGAUCAAAGGAUACCAGGAGCAAAUUGCUUCUUUGAAUUCCAAGUGCAAGAUGCUGACAAUGAAAGCAAAACAUGCCACCAUGCUGCUGACAGUGACAGAAGUGGAGGGGCUGUCCGAGGGAAUGGAGGAGCUGGAUUCUGACCUGCUGCCAGCACACCCCACUCAUCCCUCGGUGGUUAUGAUGACUGCUGGUCGCUGUCACACUCUGCUCUCCCCUGUCACUGAGGAGUCUGGGGAGGAGGGAACCAACAGUGAGAUUUCUUCUCCACCUGCCUGUCGCUCUCCCUCACCCGUGGCUAAUACAGAUGCUUCUGUUAACCAGGACAUUGCUUAUUACCAAGCCUUAUCUGCUGAACAGUUGCAGACAGAAGCUGCUAAAAUUCAGCCCAGCACCUCAGCCACCCAGGAGUUUUAUGAACCAGGCUUAGAAUCGUCUGCUAGUGCCAAAUUGGAUGAUUUGCAGCGUUCUUGGGAAACACUGAAAAAUGUGAUCAGUGAAAAGCAGCGCACACUCUAUGAAGCUCUUGAGCGUCAACAGAAGUAUCAGGACACACUCCAGUCUAUAUCCACGAAAAUGGAGACCACUGAAAUCAAGCUAAGUGAGAGUUUGGAACCUGCCAAAAGCCCAGAGAGCCAGAUGGCUGAACAUCAGGCUUUGAUGGAUGAGAUUUUAAUGUUGCAAGAAGAAAUCAGUGAGCUUCAGACAUCAUUGGCCCAGGAGCUUGUUUCAGAACCACUGGAUGCAGAAGGUGCUGAUCAAAUGGCAUUGCAGUCCACCCUCACGGUCUUGGCAGAACGAAUGGCCACAAUUCGAAUGAAGGCAUCAGGGAAACGACAGCUAUUAGAGGAAAAACUGAAUGAGCAGCUCGAAGAACAGCGGCAAGAGCAGGCUCUUCAGAGGUACCGUUGUGAAGCUGAUGAGCUUGACCACUGGCUACUCAGUACCCGAGCAACUCUGGACUCCGCUCUGCUUCCUGCCGAAGAACCUAUGGACAUGGAAGCACAACUGGUAGACUGUCAGAACAUGUUGGUUGAAAUAGAACAGAAGGUGGUAGCCUUGUCAGAGUUGUCUGUGCACAACGAGAACUUGCUUAUGGAAGGGAAGGCUCACACCAAGGAUGAGGCAGAGCAGCUGGCUGUGAAGCUCAGGACACUGAAGGGCAGCCUUCUGGAGCUGCAGAGGGUGCUCCACGACAAACAGAUCAACAUUCGGGGAUCUUUGCAAGAAAAGGAAGAGAGUGAUCUGGACUUUGUGUCCUCACAAAGCCCCAGUGUUCAGGAAUGGCUGGUGCAAGCAAGAACUACUUGCUCACAGCAGCAGCAGAGUACCCUGCAGCAACAGAAAGAGCUGGAACAAGAGCUAGAAGAGCAGAAGAAUCUGCUUCGAUCAGUAGCGUGCCGUGGAGGAGAGAUCCUAACGCAGCAAGGCUCUACUGAAGGCCUGACUUUAAGUGAGAAGCCUGAUGUACUCUCUGAGGAAUUAACCUUAGAAGGUGAGAAGCCAUCAUCUGAAGAACAGAUGAAGAGGAAAUGGGAAAGCCUAAACCAGGAAUUCAGUACCAAGCAGAGACUGCUCCAGAAAGCUUUGGAAAAAGAACAGCUGCAGCUUUAUAGCAGACCAAACAGACUAAUACCUGGAAUGCCUUUGUAUAAGGAGGAGACACAGGAUGAAGAUAAAUCCUUAGUGUCACCAGUGUUGGUUGAAUUGAAUCAGGCCUUUGAAGAUGUCUCAUCUGAGGCUGGACGGGUGGAGGAGACCCUGCAGCUUGAGCAGAAGCUGUAUGAUGGUAUCACUGCCACCUCUGUGUGGCUGGAUGGUGUGGAAGAGCAAGUCUUUGUUGCUACAGCUCUGUUGCCAGAGGAAGAAACAGAAACCUACCUCUGCAAGCAAGAGUCUCUCGCCAAAGAAAUCAAAGACAUAACAGAAGAAGUGGAUAAGAACAAGAAUUUGUUUGCUCAGAUACUUCCUGAUAGUAGUGAUAAGAGGGUUAUUAUAGAAGAUACUUUGGAUUGCCUCCUGAGAAGACUGACCUUACUGGAUUCAGUGGUAAAUCAGAGAUGCCACCAGAUGAAAGGACGGCUCCAGCAAAUUAUCACAUUCAAGAAUGAUCUGAAGCUCAUGUUUACAUCGGUGGCUGAUAAUAAAUACUUAGUUCUACAGAAAUUAUCAGAGGCAGCUGACAGACCAGAAACAGAACAAAUGCAGGUCAUACUGCAUGCAGAAGAAGGCUUAAAGGAACUAGAUGCUGGAAUCAGUGAUUUAAAGAAGCGUAUAGACAAGCUACAAAUUGACCAACCUUCUAUACAAGAGUUGUCUAAGAUCCAGGAUAAGUAUGAUGAGCUGCUGAUGAUCAUUGGAUCCAGGCGGAGUGAUCUGAAUCAGAAUAUGGCUCUUAAGAGGCAGUAUGAGCGGGCUUUGCAGGACCUGGCUGAUCUGGUAGAAACAGGCCAAGAAAAAAUGGCUGGUGACCAGAAAAUGAUUGUUUCUUCCAAAGAAGAGGUUCAGUCACUGCUUGAAAAACAUAAGGAAUAUUUUCAAGGGUUGGAGUCUCACAUGAUCCUGACAGAAACACUUUUUAGAAAGAUGAGUAGCCUUGCCCUCUUGAAGGAAACUCAGUCUCAUUCAGAGAUAAUGACACGAGCUUCGGCUGUAUUAAAGCUGGCUCAUAAACGAGGUGUGGAGCUGGAAUACGUUCUAGAGACCUGGAUGCAUCUGGAUGAAGAUUACCAGGAACUCACCAGACAGCUGGAGUCUGUUGAAGGAAACAUCCCCACUGUUGGUUUGGUAGAAGAGACAGAAGACAGGCUUACAGACAGGAUUACACUUUUUCAGCAUCUGAGAUCUAACCUGACUGAAUACCAACCUAAAUUAUACCAAGUGCUAGAUGAUGGGAAGAGGCUCCUUUUUUCUGUUAGCUGCUCAGAACUCGAAGGUCAACUGAACCAACUAGGAGAACGCUGGUUAAGUAACACCAGCAAAGUCACCAAGGAGCUUCACAGGCUGGAGACAAUACUGAAGCACUGGACAAGGUAUCAGAGUGAAUCAAAUGAAUUGACACAGUGGUUGCAGUCUGCAAAGGAGCGACUUGAGUUUUGGAGCCAGCAGUCUUUGACUGUUCCUCAGGAACUAGAAACAGUCCGAGACCACCUGAACUCCUUUUUGGAGUUUUCAAAAGAGGUGGAUGCUAAAUCAUCACAGAAAUCUUCUGUCCUGAGUACUGGGAACCAGCUCCUCAGGCUUAAGAAAGUAGAUACAGCUGCAUUACGUGCAGGAUUGUCCCACAUCGAAACACAGUGGACAGAGCUUCUCACACAAAUCCCAGCAGUGCAGGAGAAGUUACACCAGCUGCAGAUGGACAAAAUUCCUUCUCGCCAUGCCAUCACUGAAGUUAUGAGCUGGAUUUCGCUGAUGGAAAAUGUAAUUCAGCAGGAUGAAGAAAAUAUAAAAAAUGUAGUAGGACAGAAAGCAAUUCAGGGUUACAUCCAGAAGUACAAGGGUUUCAAGAUAGAUUUAAAUUGCAAACAGUUGACUGUCGACUUUGUGAAUCAAUCAGUGCUACAAAUCAGCAGCCAGGAUGUUGAAAGUAAACGCAGUGACAAAACUGAUUUUGCAGAACAGCUUGGAGCAAUGAACAGACGCUGGCAGAUCCUGCAAGGCCUGAUAACAGAAAAGAUCCAGCUCUUGGAAGGUCUGCAGGAAUCCUGGACAGAAUAUGAAAAUAAUGUGCAGUGCCUAAAAAUUUGGUUUGAAACCCAAGAAAAGAAGCUGAAACAGCAACAAAAAAUUGGAGACCAGGCUUCAGUGCAGAAUGCUUUGAAAGACUGUCAGGAAUUAGAAGAAUCAAUAAGAGCAAAGGAAAAAGAAGUAGAAAAUGUAGAACAGAGUGGUCUUUCUUUGGUACAGAACAAGAAAGAAGAAGUCUCUUCUGCUGUUAUGAAUACACUGCAAGAAAUUAACCAUUCCUGGGCCAAUUUGGAUCACAUGGUUAGCCAACUGAAGAUACUGUUGCAAUCUGUUCUUGAUCAAUGGAGCAUUUACAAAGUGGCUUAUGAAGAACUAAACAGUUACCUGACAGAAGCCAGAUAUUCUUUGUCCCGUUUUUAUCUUCUUACUGGUUCUCUGGAAGCUGUGAAAGUCCAAGUUGAUAAACUUCAGAGCCUACAAGAUGAAUUGGAAAAACAAGAGAAUAGCUUACAGAAAUUUGGUUCUGUGACCAAUGAAUUGUUGAAAGAAUGUCACCCACCAGUGACUGAAACACUUACCAACACCUUGAAAGAAGUGAAUAUGAGGUGGAACAACCUCCUGCAGGAGAUUGCAGAGCGGCUGCGUGCCAGCAGGGCCCUGCUCCAGCUGUGGCAGAGGUACAAGGACUGCUACCAGCAGUGCUCUUCCACAGUCCACCAACGAGAAGACCAGACCAAUGAACUCCUGAAGACUGCAACCAGCAAAGACAUCGCUGAUGAUGAAGUUACUACUUGGAUUCGGGACUGCAAUGAUGUACUGGCGGAUUUGAAAACAGCACAGGAGUCUCUGGUUGUUCUUCAAGAGCUGGGGGAGGAGCUAAAAAGCCAGGUGGAGGCUUCAGCAGCAGCAGCCAUACAGUCUGAUCAUCUCUCUCUGAACCAGAGUCUGACAACCCUAGAGCAGACUCUCCGCAAGCAACAGACUGCACUCCAGGCUGGAAUUCUGGACUAUCAAACCUUUGCCAAGAACCUGGAAGUCCUUGAGACCUGGAUAACAGAAGCAGAAGAAACAUUGAAAGAGCAGGAUCCCAGUCACUCAUCUGAUGCCUCAGCAAUACAGAGUAGAAUGGAGCAACUCAAGAGUCAAAUGCUGAAAUUCAGCAGCAUGGCCCCUGAUUUGGACCGUCUUAAUGAGCUGGGUUACAGGCUUCCUCUGAAUGACAAGGAAAUCAAAAGGAUGCAGAACCUGAACAGACAUUGGUCUCUGAUCUCACCUCAGACUACAGAGAGAUUCAGCAAGUUGCAGUCUUUCCUGCUGCAGCAGCAGACGUUCUUGGAGAAAUGUGGGACUUGGAUGGAUUUGUUAGUUCAGACUGAGCAGAAGUUGGCAGUAGAGGUUUCAGGAAACUACCAAAGGCUUUUGGAGCAACAGAGGGAACAUGAGCUAUUCCAGGCAGAGAUGUUCAGCCGCCAGCAGAUUUUGCAUUCAAUUAUCUCUGAUGGCCAGCACCUCCUAGAACAAGGACAGGUGGAUGACAGGGAUGAAUUUAAUCUGAAUCUGACUCUUCUGAGUAAUCAGUGGCAAGGAGUAAUUCGCAGGGCACAGCAGAUGAGGGGGAUCAUUGACAGCCGGAUCCACCAGUGGCAGCGCUACAGGGAGAUGGCAGAGAAGCUGCGCAAGUGGCUGCUGGAGAUGUCCUGUCAGCCAGUGACCGAGCUGGGCACUGUUCCUAUCCCAUUGCAGCAAGCAAGAGUGCUGCUGGAUGAAGUGCAGCUUAAAGAGAAAGUUCUCUUCAGGCAGCAAGGGAGUUACAUCCUCACUGUGGAGGCUGGGAAGCAGCUGCUGCUCUCUGCUGACAGUGGAGCUGAGGCAGCCCUGCAGGCUGAGCUUACUGAAAUCCAGGAGCGCUGGAAGACAGUUAGCACUCAACUGGAGCAACAAAAGAAACAGCUGGCUUUGCUGCUGAAAGACUGGGAAAAAUGUGAAAAGGGCAUAGGAGACUCCCUGGAGAAGCUAAGAUCAUUCAAAAAAAAGCUUUCUCAGCCUUUGCCAGAUCACCAUGAUGAGUUGCAUGCAGAGCAGAUUCGUUGCAAGGAGUUAGAGAAUGCUGUUGAAGGCUGGACAGAUGACCUUGCACACCUCUCCCUGCUGAAGGAGACUCUGUCUGUGUAUAUCAGCGCAGACGAUAUCUCAAUCCUGAGUGAGCGAAUAGAGCUCCUGCACAGGCAGUGGGAGGAGCUGUGCCACCAGGUCUCCUUGCGUCAACAACAAGUGAGUGAGAGACUGAAUGAGUGGGCUGUCUUCAGUGAGAAGAACAAGGAGCUCUGUGAAUGGCUGACGCAAAUGGAAAGUAAAGUGUCUCAAAAUGGUGACAUCCUCAUAGAAGAAAUGAUUGAGAAGCUUAAAAAGGAUUAUCAAGAGGAAAUUGCUGUCGCCCAGAAGAACAAAAUCCAGCUUCAGCAAAUGGGAGAGAGACUUGCUAAAGCCAGCCAUGAGAGUAAGGCAUCAGAGAUUGAGUACAAACUUGGCAAGAUCAAUGACAGGUGGCAGCAUCUUCUAGAUCUUAUUGCAGCCAGGGUAAAGAAGUUGAAGGAAACCCUCAUUGCAGUGCAGCAGCUGGAUAAAAACAUGAGUAGUCUGAGAUCUUGGCUUGCCCACAUUGAGUCAGAGCUGUCCAAACCCAUCGUCUAUGAAACUUGUGACUCUGAGGAGAUACAAAGGAAGCUAAAUGAGCAGCAGGAACUCCAGAGGGACAUAGAGAAACACAGCACUGGCGUGGCAUCUGUUCUCAAUCUGUGUGAAGUACUUCUUCACGACUGUGAUGCUUGUGCCACAGAAGCAGAAUGUGACUCUAUCCAGCAGGCUACACGCAAUUUGGAUAGGAGGUGGAGAAAUAUCUGUGCAAUGUCAAUGGAAAGGCGACUUAAAAUUGAAGAGACCUGGCGGCUAUGGCAAAAAUUUUUGGAUGACUACUCUAGAUUUGAAGAGUGGCUAAAAGCCUCUGAGAGGACAGCUGCUUUCCCAAGCUCCUCUGGUGUGCUUUACACUGUUGCUAAGGAAGAGCUGAAGAAAUUUGAGGCUUUCCAGAGACAAGUGCAUGAAAGCCUGACUCAGCUGGAGCUGAUCAAUAAGCAGUAUCGGCGCCUGGCACGGGAGAACCGCACUGACUCCAAUGGCAGCCUCAAGCAGAUGGUUCAUGAGGGGAACCAGAGAUGGGACAAUCUACAAAAGCGAGUUACCUCCAUCCUGCGCAGGCUAAAACAUUUUAUUGGCCAGCGGGAAGAGUUUGAAACGGCACGUGACAACAUCCUGGUAUGGCUAACAGAGAUGGACCUGCAGCUGACCAACAUCGAGCAUUUCUCAGAGUGUGAUGUCCAAGCAAAGAUAAAGCAACUUAAGGCUUUCCAGCAAGAAAUUUCCCUGAACAACAACAAAAUUGAGCAGAUAAUUGUGCAAGGUGAGCAGCUCAUUGAGAAAAGUGAGCCCCUGGAUGCAGCUGUGAUUGAAGAAGAGCUAGAUGAGCUGCGUCGUUACUGCCAAGAGGUCUUCGGGCGUGUGGAGCGCUAUCACAAGAAACUUAUCCGCCUUCCUCUAACAGAUGACGAGCACGACCUCUCUGACAGAGAGGUGGAUCUGGAUGAAUCAGCAGAUCUCUCUGACAUACGCUGGCAUGACAAAUCUGCGGACAGCGUUCUCUCCCCGCACCCUUCUUCCAACCUUUCGCUGCCUCUUUCCCAGCUGCUGAGGAGCGAGCGAUCGGGGCGAGAUACCCCUGCGAGCGUGGACUCCAUCCCCCUGGAGUGGGAUCAUGACUACGACCUUAGCAGGGACCUGGAGACAGCUGUUUCACGGGCGCUGCACUCAGAAGAAGACGGAGGACAAGAAAAAGACUUCUACCUGAGAGGAGCAGCUGGCAUAGCAGAUGUAGAGAUCCCUGAAACUCUAGAGGCCUAUGUAACACUCACAGAAAACGCCCUCAAAAAUAUCUCUGGUGAACCAGGUGCCCUGGAAGCACAUAUCCGACAGCUGGACAAGGCCUUGGACACCAGUCGCUUCCAGAUACAGCAAACAGAAAACAUCAUCCGUAGCAAGACACCUACAGGGCCAGAACUGGAUUCCACUUACAGAGGAUAUAUGAAACUGCUAGGUGAAUGCAGUGGAAGCAUAGACUCAGUAAGAAGGCUUGGAUAUAAACUGAAGGAGGAAGAAGAAAAAUUUUCAGGACUCAUUAACAUGAACAGUACUGAAACGCAAACAGCUGGUGUAAUUGAAAGAUGGGAAUUAAUCCAGGCUCAAGCUCUAAGCAAGGAGCUGAGGAUGAAGCAGAACCUGCAGCAAUGGCAGCAGUUCAACUCCGACCUUAAUAGCAUCUGGGCUUGGUUGGGGGAAACUGAAGAGGAACUGGAGAAGCUCCACCACCUUGAUCUCAGCACUGACAUUCAAACUAUUGAACUCAGAAUUAAAAAACUAAAAGAGCUGCAGAAAGCAAUUGAUAACCGCAAAGCAAUCAUCUUAUCCAUCAAUCUGUGCAGCUCAGAGUUCACUCAGUCUGACAGCGAGGAGAGCAAGAAGCUGCAGGAGCGCCUGUCUCAGAUGAACGUGCGCUGGGAGCACGUGUGCAGCAUGAUCGAAGACUGGCGCAGCUCGUUGCAGGAUGCAUUAGUACAAUGCCAGGAUUUCCAUGAACUGUGCCAUGGUUUAUUGCUUUGGUUGGAGAAUAUUGACAGAAGGAAAAAUGAGAUUGUGCCCAUCAACCCAAACUUGGACUCAGAAAUACUGCAGGAUCAUCACAGACUUCUGAUGCAAAUCAGACGUGAACUGCUGGAGUCUCAGUUGAAGGUGGCAUCUCUGCAAGAUAUGUCUUGCCAAUUGCUAGUCAAUGCUGAAGGCAAGGAUUGUCUUGAAGCCAAAGAAAAGGUACAUGUCAUUGGAAACAGACUGAAGCUCCUCUUGAAAGAGGUUACACGUCAUAUUAAAGACCUAGAGAAAAUUCUAGACAUUUCAAGUAGUCAGCUGGAAUUGUCCUCAUGGUCUUCCGAUGAAUUAGACACAUCAGGCUCAGUGAGUCCUGUAUCUGGAAGAAGCACUCCAAGCAGACAGAGAACGCCACGGGGCAAAUGUAGUCUCUCACAGCCUGGACCCUCUGUCAGCAGUCCACAUAGCAGGUCCAAAAGAGGUGGCUCAGGUUCCUCCCCUUCUGAGGCUGGGCCAGCGUGGCGGUGCCCGUCCUUCUUCCUCAGAGUCCUCAGAGCUGCUCUGCCUCUUCAGCUCCUCCUGCUGCUCCUGAUCGGGCUGGCGUGCCUGGUGCCAAUGACCGAGGAGGAUUACAGCUGUGCUAUGGCAAACAACUUUGCCCGCUCUUUCCACCCCAUGCUAAAAUACAUGAAUGGUCCUCCUCCAUUGUGAAGGAGACCUCUGAGACAGUGGGAGACCUUGCUGGAGUGCUGGCUAGGCAGCAAGAUGGUUUUAAAGGGUGGCAGGGUUCAGCGUGGCAGCUUUACCUGUCUGCUGUUGCCACCACUGUGCCCAUCUCUUUCUCUGCUGGCACUCCGCUGGAAUCAGUGUAUCAGUAUCAAACUGCACAAAGUAUUACCUGAGUAGCAUCAUUUCAAUACUCCUUGCAUCCUGGGUACUAAGGAGGGUGCAACGUAUGUGGGGGAAACCUCUUCUGUACAGCUUUUGGGAUCUUUUAGCCACUUUAUAUCCAGGUCAUUGCCCUGUACUAUGCAUAGCCAAGGACUUGAUACUGUAGAUCCUUUCCUGUGUGCUGCUCUAAAUGACCCAUUAUCCAGUCUUUGUUAAAUACCUUCUCAGUAUCUACAGUAUACAAAAUAACCAAUGCUUAAGGAAUUUUAGAGCAUUUGUAACAUACCAUUUUAAAGAAUCUUGUAUGGCAAUGUAUUAUUCCCUGUGGUUUCUGUUUCAGGCAUGGUGUUCUAACUUUUGCUUUGGAUGCACAAGGUGUAAAUCUGAGAAGCACUUUUUUAAGGUUUAAAAAAAAAAAUGGAUGUAAUAAAUAAGAUUGCAGAAGUUUUUAUGAGGAAAAAAAUGUUGAAUGUCAAGUUGAAAAACAAAGAACAUAUUUAUGUAUGUACAGUUUGCUAAGCCAAGUUUUGUUUGUAUUGAUUUCUUUGCAUUUAUUAUAGAUACCAUAAAAUAUUUUGUCUA